CGACCAGCAAAGUCACAUACAUCAGCUAAACAAUCUCAAAAGAAACAUAAAAGUACCACCGAGCCAGCAGCGGGACCAUCCGGUGCGAUUAAUCUACUAUACAGCAGUGACAGUGAGGAUUCGCCAUGGUUGCGUGUGUCAUCACUUUCAGCCCGCUGAACUGGCCCAAUGCACAUCACUGUUUUUCGUACAAUGGGGGCAGUGCAUGUAUCAUGACUGUAACCACUUGGUGCACUUACAGUAUUGUUGUCCUGUGCGCGUGCUUCGGACGCAUGACACGUUUUAUUGCCCUUGCCAUGGUCUGCCAUGCAAACCAUCGGAAGAGUAGGACUGAAAGAGGACACAAACUUACCUGUAAAUAGUGUACAUAACUUUAUUGACAAGAUUCGUUUUGGAGUUGUGUGUUAAAUAACUAUGCUCUUCAACUGUUAUCAGCCGACACAGAAAUGCUGGUAGGUAUAGAUUCGAAUUCAUAAAAAAAUAUUACACAGUAACGGUACUGGGCUUUCGUACAUAGCGAUACAAUAAUCUACUACGUAAUCCACGAAUCAAGGUGACGUCACAUUUUGUGUGCACAUGAAUGGCUGAUGAAUGCAAAUGGCUUCGGUAAACAAACUUUUCAGUCACGAGUGGAAUUUUCGUCAUUUUCUCAUAGUUUAAUAGAUGAAUUAAAUGAUCAAUUUAUCUGAAGUGAGGGUUUCUACAGCAAACUGUUUCUGUGCCAUCAGACAGAUCGAUCCAGUGCUAUGGACAUCAGUUUAAAUACAAGGCAAUGGAAAGACUUGAGGAACAAGUUAAACAAAAAGACACAGACUAUGCUGAACUGGAAGAACAACGUAUAAAAGAAAGAGGGGAUCUCACAACACAGAUAGAAAAGAAAAAUGAGGAAGUUGAAGCUGUGAAAACAAAAUUGUCAAAGGCAAAUGAUGAGUUGCUACAGAUUCGAGCAAAAUGUGCAACAUUGGAGAAGAGACUACAAGAGGAAGAGAAGGCAUAUGAUGCUGUAUUGGGGGUUCCGAGGUCACAGUCCCUAGACAGGGUACAUGUAAGAGAGGAGGUCCUUGAAGCAGAUCUCCAUACACAGAAUAUACAGCUGGCAUUAAAAGAAGAAACCAGCGUGGUACAUGAAGAGCGGUGGCAUCAGCUUGGGGAGAUGAUCCGUCGCAUCACAGGUUCUGCUACAAGUCGAGAUGGAUCACAGGGACUCCAACCUGAACAGCUGACACCACAGGAUCUCCGACAUGAACAGCUGACAUCACAGGGACUCCGACCUGAACAGCUGACACCACAGGAUCUCCGACCUCAACAGCUGACACCACAGGAUCUCCGACCUCAACAGCUGACACCACAGGGACUCCAACCUGAACAGCUGACACCACAGGAUCUCCGACCUGAACAGCUGACAUCACAGGAUCUCCGACCUGAACAGCUGACAUCACAGGGACUCCGACCUGAACAGCUGACACCACAGGAUCUCCGACAUGAACAGCUGACACCACAGGAUCUCCGACCUCAACAGCUGACAUCACAGGGACUCCAACCUGAACAGCUGACACCACAGGAUCUCCGACAUGAACAGCUGACACCACAGGAAGUUUAUGAAGUUGUCACACGUUUCAUACUCGGAGCAUCCAUCAUUUCUGAGUCGCCUACACGUGGUUUAUACUUGAGAGGGUACUCAGGUGCAAUUCACAUCAUCAGCAAGAACAGAAGUGGCAUAUUCAUCAUCUAUACCAUCACGCACGCAUUACAUCUCAGGAUGGAUUUUCCCCAUAGUCUUAUCCUGCAGAAGAAUCACGUAUAUCUAAAGGAGAACCUUCAGGUCGACCCUGUGCUGGAUGCCUUGUACCAGGGCUGUGUCUUCACACAGGGAGACUAUGACAGGUGUAGACAAGCUGCACCAGAGAGACAAUGUGAACUGUUCCUGGAGAUUUUGAAGAAAAAAGGGGUUGAAGGCUACAGGACACUCUGUGCUGUCCUCGAUUCCACACAACCAUUUAUCAAGGAGAAACUUGAUAACACCUCAACUGAAGAAGGUAGUUCAGAUCUCGUCUAUAUCAACAAGGAAAAGCUGGAAGCUCACCACAAAAAACAACUUGCUGAAAAAGAUGGGCAAAUAGCUGACAUGCACUCUGCAAUGGAAAGACUUGAGGAACAAGUUAAACAAAAAGACACAGACCAUGCCGAACUUGAAGAACAACUGAUACAAGAAAGAGGGGAUCUCACAACACAGAUAGAAAAGAAGAAUGAGGAAGUUGAAGCUCUAAAAACAAAAUUGUCAAAGGCAAAUGAUGAAUUGCUGCAGAUUCGAGCAAAAUGUGAAACAUUGGAGAAGAGACUACAAGAGGAACAGGAGGCAUAUGAUGCUUUAUUGGGGGUUCCCAGGUCACAGUCCCCAGACAGGGUACAUGUUAGAGAGGAAGUCCAUCAAGCAGAAUCGACUGAGCGAAUGUGUCAGUUUUCAACUAAGUCCUGUUGUGAUGGGAGUCAGCUUUGCCUUCUUCCAUGCCUUCAUUCUGCAUGCAAGCCAUGCAUUGAUCACCAAGACACCCAAGCCAAGCAGAAUUGCAUACAGUGUCCCUCCUGUGGCUGUGAGUUCAACAUGGAGCAGACAGCAGUGGAUCAUGUCAGACGCAACGAAGCUGCCUAUACCGCUAACGUUGAUGGAGAGAAGAAAUGUAACUACAUCGAAGGAGAUCAUGAUGCAAAGGCUGUGAUGUACUGUCACGAAUGUGCUAGCCUGCUCUGUUCCGACUGUCAUAAAAUACACGAACCACUGAAACCGAAUCAAAACCACAGCGUGAUUGAGAUCAACCAGGCGGAGAAUAUCCCCAUGAAGCAGUGGAUGAAAGAACCUAACUGCAGAGACCAUCCUGACAACAAGCCGCAGCUGUAUGACCACACAUGUAAGCAGGCAAUCUGCCUUGUAUGUGAUCGAGGGGCCCACAAGGGUCACGAGAAUGAAGACUUGAAUCAUGCCUAUGUGGAAGCAAAGGGUCAGCUGCAGGAGCAGGUGCAGAAGCAACGACUUAAACUGAAAGAUAUCACAGUCAGAAUGAAAACUGUCAACAGUCACCAAAACGAACUGGGAAAUAAACAGAGAAAGCUGGAACAAGAUGCCACUACAGUCUUCCAAAGUGUUGCUGUACGGUUCCUUCACCGGCAGAGACAACUCAUGAAGGACAUUCAUGCGUGCCUUCAGGCCCCAAAUGAAAUGGUUAAAGAGAAGCUGGACACUUUACAUGACGUCCAUACUUCAAUAGUAUCAACGACAGACUACACCCAGAGAACACUUGAAUCCACAAGACAGGAGGAGCGCAUUACUCUCACCGGUGUACUACAGAAGAAAUCUGAUGAAAAUCUGAAGAGGAAGCUUCCAGAAGAUGACACACAAGACACGAGAGUCCUUCUUUCCUUUCAAGGACAGAAAGCCCUUAUGGAACUAAUCGACACAUUUGGUGGUCUUGCCUCCAGUCUUGACUUGGAUCAUAUUCCAGAUAAACAGCCUACUUUACAGGAUCUCCAUAAACAGAAUAAACACCUAGCAUUAAAAGAAGAAGAAACCAGUGCGGUACAUGAAGGGCGCUGGCAUCGGCUUGGGGAGAUGAUCCGUCGCAUCACAGGUUCUGAUACAAGUGGAGAUGGAUCACAGGGACUCCAACCUGAACAGCUGACACCACAGGAACGCCGACCUCAACAGCUGACAACACAGGAAGUUUAUGAAGUUGUCACACGUUUCAUACUCGGAGCAUCCAUCAUUUCUGAGUCGCCUACACGUGGUUUAUUAUUGAGAGGGUACUCAGGUGCAAUUCACAUCAUCAGCAAGAACAGAAGUGUCAUAUUCAUCACCUGCCCUAAACUCCAACUGGACGCUGUUCGAGCCAACACAGACGUGUGCCAUGUAACGACAGACGGUGAGCUGGUCAACUCGCUGCCCGACACACGGUCACGUGACAGGCGCAGGCUGCAGAAGUAUUUCGGCACGUGUACCUCCACCCCCAUCCCACUUGAUUCAUCCCCCUCCAGUGUCACCCCUUCCCCCAACACACCACGAUACUGGGAAACCUACUCCAGGGUGGGUGUGGUGAGGACAUUGUAUGGGAUGCCUGUCCUGGAGAUGGGUGUAGUGGAGGAGAGCCAGGUGGACAGUGGGUGGUAUGCUUGUCAACAGCGCCGCUCCUGGUGUGUCAGUGUAAGGAGCUGCACCACACACUUGGGGAGUAUCUGUACCAGGGUGUGGCAGCAGGGGGAGGAGGGGAAGUGUUACAGUAACACAAAGUCUUACACACCCGGCACACUGGCCACCCUCCACUAUGGAGUUGUGCUGGAUGUUGGGAGGGGUAGACUCGCCUUUAUCGACCUGGACAGGGAGGUUGUUUUGGCAAAAGCUAAUGUAGAGUUUCGUGAGGCUCUUCUCCCUGUGUUUGGUAUUAGUUCGCCAAUUGCCUUCACAGUAAACAUGAAGUUGAUUAGCGGGGAGGAGAUCGUCAUGACUGACACAAAAAGAUCACUCAUCAAUGAAGCCCUGGCCUAAGGAAUGAACUGAACAUGGCACUGUGUAAACUUGUAAACAUGACAUAUCUACUAAACUGUCAAAUACAAUACAAUAGUGAAGAGGAGGACGUAGAAGUAGCCUGUUCAUGUGUUGUUUGUUGUGUACGACCAUGUAACAAGGUUAGCUAAAGGUGUUGUUUUCCUACAUGACUGGUUUCUGUUGUGUAUUAGAAACAUUUUACAUCCAUACAUGAGUAUUGUUAUGAUUAUUAAUAUAUAGUACCUGAUCAGUUUAUGAACAUUUCACACAUUUCUGGGAAAUGUUACAACACGCAACUGAGUAAAACGUUUUACAAUCAUGGACACAUGGACAUAUUUCGCUUCCAAUCUGUAAAAUAACAAUUUUAAAUACCCACAUGAAUAGUGUUGAUUUGAAAUUGACAGAUACAUUACAUGGCGGUCCUGGUGUACAGCUGGGUAGUUAAGUUCACUGAAUUGUCUGUUUCUUUAUGACAAUGUGUCCUGCUGUGAGUGAGUAGAAUUUUGAAUCCCCAUACAAGUGUUUUUAUAGUAUUUUCAUUUGAUCUGCACGAAUAGUUUCAAAAGUACAUUCCUACAGUGCCCAUACAAUCCGAACACAGCUCUACUUUCAACAGAAUUGGUUUUAACAACUUGGCUCUCGAUACACAUUGAUAUGAGUUCUUAAAAAUGUAGGGUUUCUAAGAAUUGUUGUACUUGUGCAGCACUUGGUCUACAUCCAACAAUGAGGUUUGCAGAAAUGCACAAUACAAAAUGUCAAUCUUAGAUUACCUCGCCAUUUUAAACUUAGGCCAUGCUUGCUGCUGUCUCUGCCUUUUCUUUCUGUAUCGCUAUGAAAUAAUUUGAUAUGCAGUAACUACAUUCUAAACCCGUUGUCUCGAACUUCAAGGUGUCCAUCCUCUAGUAAAUGACCAGGUUUAACCAGGCGGAUAAAUUAUGUCGAUAAUGCCACAAUUCCUCUUUUGAGAACAACAUGUAUUCAGCACACGGUGGUGCCAAGUCGACUGGUCGAGUGUUCUGUAUGUUGAUAAAUGUACGUAUUUAUUUACUAUCAUUAUUUUAUCAUGUCAUAUUCCAGUGAUGUAAAUAAAAUGUAAACAGAUG